AUGUAUCUAAUGUCAUUGGCCAUGGUCGACAAUUGGCACAAAAUGAGUGCUAGAGAAUCGGAAGCAGUCGCUUCGCCAGACCGAUGUGGGGAGACCGCUGGUCGAGCACUAGUUGAUGAGAACGACGAGUUGCUACGAGUAACUCUACCAUGUCUACAGCAUGCUGAACAAACCCAUUUGUUGUCACCGUUUUCGGCGAAGUAG